CUCCCAGCGCCGUGGACGCCCCUGGGCCGAGCAGCGAGUGCGCUCUGGUGCCCGACCCAACGACAGACGCCCCGGAGCCGGAGACGGUUGACUCUCGAGUCCCGCUCCUGCACCCUGCGUCCCUAAAGAUGAAUGUGAGAAGGGUGGAAAGCAUUUCGGCUCAGCUGGAGGAGGCGAGCUCCACAGGCGGUUUCCUCUACGCCCAGAACAGCACCAAGCGCAGCAUCAAAGAGCGGCUCAGGAAGCUCUUGCCCUGCUCAGCCGCCAAAACGUCGUCUCCUGCUGUUCAAAACAGCGUGGAAGAUGAACUGGAGAUGGCCACCGUUAGGCAUCGGCCUGAGGCUCUCGAGCUUCUGGAAGCCCAGAGCAAAUUCACCAAGAAAGAGCUCCAGAUUCUUUACAGAGGAUUUAAGAAUGAAUGCCCCAGUGGUGUUGUUAAUGAAGAAACCUUCAAAGAGAUUUACUCACAGUUCUUUCCACAGGGAGACUCUACAACGUAUGCACAUUUUCUGUUCAACGCGUUUGAUACGGACCACAAUGGAGCUGUGAGUUUUGAGGAUUUCAUCAAGGGUCUUUCCAUUUUGCUCCGGGGGACAGUACAAGAAAAACUCAACUGGGCAUUUAAUUUGUAUGACAUAAAUAAAGACGGCUACAUUACUAAAGAGGAAAUGCUCGACAUAAUGAAAGCAAUAUAUGACAUGAUGGGCAAAUGCACAUAUCCUGUCCUUAAAGAAGAUGCUCCCAGACAACACGUGGAAACGUUUUUCCAGAAAAUGGACAAAAAUAAAGAUGGAGUCGUUACUAUAGAUGAGUUCAUCGAAAGUUGCCAAAAAGAUGAAAACAUAAUGCGAUCCAUGCAGCUCUUCGAAAAUGUGAUUUAACUUGUGAAUAUGUCCUCAAUCAGACAAAUGUGAACUAUUCUACCACUUACAGUUGGAGCUACCACUUUUAGCAUAGAUUGCUCAGCUUUACACUGAGGCACAUUAUGCAAACAAGCUUUGUUUUAAUGAGAAGCAAUCCCCUCCAGAUUUCGAGUAUUCCAGUUAUAAAUCUGCAUCCUUUUCAUAAUGCCACCAAUGGUCUAAGUCAUUUCACACCCUGUGAAUAUUCAAAAUUAAUAGAAUCUGACAUAUAGUUUUAUUGAUUCUUUAGCCAUGGGAUUAUUGAGGCUUUCACAUUAUCCGUGAUUUUAAAAUAUGUUUUUUGCUACUCAUUUGUAUGUAUUCAGCCCAAGGAUUUUAAAUGGUUUUCUAAAACACUGGCAUUUGCAUUUAAUUUCCGGAAAUUAAUUUUCGUGUUUGUAUGCUGAUUCCAUUUAUAUACUUUAAGUUAACAAGAUUACCACAAUUUAAAAACACACACACAGUCCCGGUCAGUUUCUACGGAUCUGAUGCCUUCUGUUAAAGACAUUCACUUGGCUUUUUUUUUAUAAUAUGAAACAAAUUAGUUUAUCACCAGAUAUCAGCAUAUGCCUAAUAAAGCUUAUUUAAUAAGCA